AUGGUUCCAUUUGCGGAUGAACUUAGUAUUAAACCUACCACCCUUGAAGAAUGGAAACGAUUGCAUUAUUUAGUAAGCUAUCUAAAUAAUGAACAACAAGUAUUGAUUUAUGUAGCACAAGGAGACAAUUAUAAAAGUGAUGACUCAGUAAAACUUAAAUAUAAAUUUGAUAAAACCUUAUCAACCUGUGAAGUACCAUGUAUCUGGAAUGAAACGCGCAUAGAAGAUUUAACAUCUGCAGAGCUUAAUGCAGCCGAUGCCAUCUUUUAUGUUAACCAACCAACCCCAUUAAAAUCAAAAGCAUUUAAAGGACAAAAGCUCAUACAAUAUACUUUAAUGCCUGCAACGUAUUAUCCACAGUAUCAUGAUAAGAAUAACAAAUUCAAUAUUCAUGUGACAUUUGAUGAAGAUUCAGAAGUACCUACAAGUUAUAUCAGAAAUCCAGAGAAAUGGCGAGUAAAAGAACCUUACAAAAUAGAAAAACACCCUUCUAACGUAGCAUCAAUUUCCUUUAUUGCAUCCCAUUCGACGAAAUUCCGAGAAACCUGGAUUCCAACCCUUAAAGAACAUAUCCCUAUUGCCUCUUUUGGUAGUGUUCACUGGAACACUAAUUGGGAUAUUCACCCAGAAUGCACAAAUUUAGAACCCUAUGAAUUAAAAAAUUGUAUUAUUUCCAAGUAUCCCUUUCAUUUAUAUAUUGAAACUUCCCAAGAAAAAGAUUUUACUACUGAAAAACUUUGGGAUGUAUUUAAAUCUGGAUCCGUACCUAUCAUAUGGGGUGAUCCUAAUAUUCGUUCAUAUUUACCAGAUCCUAAAUCUGCCAUUUUUAUUGAAGAUUUUCCGGAUGCUAAGGCCCUUGCGGACCAUUUAAAGUAUUUAAUAGAAAAUAAAUCGGCAUAUUUAGAAUAUCAUAAAUGGAGAACCAUGAAAGCAUGGUCAGAAGGAUUUGAUAGAAAAGCAUAUAUGAGCAUAGAAAAUAUGGAAUGUAAUGUUUGUAAAGAGGUUGCUAGAUUAAGAAUUUUAGAAGGAAGAAGCGAAGUUAUACAAUUUUAA